AGCAAUAUCUCCAAACGACCCCCCCCUCCCGCCUCAUUGCAGUAGAGGCUGGGCUUGGUACAAGUUUACAAUCAAUCCAGCACUGCAGAAAGUGCCAUUUGUUUUUAUUUUCUUCUUAUCUUUCUUUAUCUUUUUCUUCUCCCUUUUGAAUUAGAGCAAUCCGACAGCCGAACGGCCCAUUGCCCACCAUGGUGCUCGCAAAGUCCAAGAAAUCGGUCGGGCUCGGCAACCAACUGAUGAAAGAUCGGUUUGGUAAGGGCAAGGGCGCCGACCGGAAACGGGUUGGAGCCGUCACGCGCAUCGACCACUCAACGGGCCAGGAGUACAUCACGAACGAUAGGGCGGAGGCAGGAUGGGUCAAGAUGCGCUCCGUCACCGAGCAAGGUGCCCUGGACGAGUUCUUGGCUACAGCCGAACUCGCGGGUAUCGACUUUACGGCUGAGAAGACCAACAACGUCAGGAUCAUCCACACGGACCAGCGAAAUCCGUACCUACUUACCGCAGCUGAGGAGAGGGUGGUAUUGGGGAAGCAGAAGGCACUCAAGUCCCGUCUUACGGUGCCGAGGAGACCGCACUGGGACGAGACGACAACACCCGAGGAGCUCGACCGCCUGGAGCGCGAGAGCUUUCUGCAGUGGAGGAAGGGAUUGGCGGAGUUGCAAGAGACGCAAGAUUUGCUGAUGACGCCGUUCGAACGCAACCUCGAGGUUUGGAGGCAGCUGUGGAGAGUCAUCGAGCGGUCCGACGUGGUGGUGCAGAUCGUGGAUGCCAGGAACCCCCUCAUGUUCCGGUCUGAAGAUCUGGAAGCAUACGUCAAGGACGUUGACCCCAAGAAGGAGAAUCUCUUGCUCAUCAACAAGGCCGACAUGAUGACGUUCAUGCAAAGGAAAGCGUGGGCAAAAUACCUGAAGAGCGCCGGUAUUGCCUACCGGUUCUUUUCGGCCCAUCUGGCCAAGGAGAUGCUGAAUGCGCAGGCUUCCGAGAGCGAGGAAGAAGAAGAGGAAGAGGAAGAGGCUGGCCCAAGCAGCAGCGGAGCGCCGUUGAAGCCAGAGGAGGCGAAUGAAGAGAGCAGGGAUGAUGUAGGGGGAGAGGGCGCCCAACAAAGGGAGGAUGAUAACGAGCUGGAUACUCGGAUCUUGACAGUCAGCGAGCUAGAGGAAAUGCUGCUGCAGUACGCACCGAAAGACGCAGGACCCGAUCGGAAGCUGCAGGUCGGUCUCGUCGGCUACCCGAACGUCGGAAAGUCGUCGACGAUCAACGCACUUAUUGGAGCUCACAAGGUGUCGGUCUCUUCGACUCCGGGCAAAACGAAACACUUUCAGACCAUCCACUACAGCGACAAGGUCAUCCUGUGCGAUUGUCCGGGUCUGGUUUUCCCCAACUUCGCCAGCACUAAGGCAGAGCUUGUCGUUAAUGGUGUCCUCCCCAUCGACCAGCUGCGUGAAUACAGCGGGCCAGCCACCCUCGUCGCUCAAAGGAUACCGCGGGCAUUCCUGGAAGCUACUUACGGCAUCCAAAUACGCACGCGGCCCCUUGAGGAAGGGGGCACCGGAAUCCCCACCGGUGACGAGCUGCUCAGCGCGUACGCUCGCCAUAGGGGCUUCAUGACACAGGGCCUUGGUCAACCAGACCGGUCCCGGGCCGCGAGGUAUAUCCUCAAAGACUAUGUUAACGGCAAGCUCCCUUAUGUGACACCUCCUCCCGGCGUUGAUGAUGCCCAAGAGUUCAAUCGUGAGCUUUACGACAUUUCACAUCUUCCGGCCAAGAGGCAGGCGGCCGUCACCGCGGCGAUGGAGGAGUUGACCGUGAACGGGGACGACAAUGCGUCGCUCUUGUCUGACAUGGUUCCCCUUCCUCAAGGCCCGAAGUCGGAGAAGCUGGACAAGGCCUUCUUCAAGGCCGGUCAGGGCAGCGCGGGCCACCUGUCGAGGCCGUUUAACUACAAGUACACACAGCAAGGCAUGGCGGAGGCUGAAGGCAAGCAGUUGAGCGGACGGAAGCUCAGGACGAUGAUUGCUCUCGAGAAGGGGAUUGACCCCAAGGAUGUGCAGAUGGCCUCGGGGAAGAAGCACUUCAAGGGUGGGCGGAAGGGAAGGGGAAAGAGGAGGGGUAACGUGGUGGAUGGUGACGACUGAUGCGACGCACUCUGUCAGAUUUCAGCGUCGAUUUCUAGUUACUCAUCUUCAUGAGAUGAUAUAUUUCGGUCAAUUCGGGCGGUGGCGUUUAAAAAGUAGAGGGAUCAAUUGAUUUGUUGCAAUCUUGGUUCAUAACGCGCUCCAAC